ACAAAAAGAGUAUACAAAAUCUAAAACCUGGCUCCUACGUUUCUCAAGAUACAAACAGAGAACGUAGAAGAAAUGGCGGCUACGACGAACAUGGAAGACCCGGAGAAAGCAAGAACGAAAGAGGAGGAGGAGGAAGAAGAAGAAGAGUCUCCAAUAGAGGAAGUGAGACUAACAGUAACGAACACCGACGACCCCAGCAUCCCAGUAUGGACGUUCCGAAUGUGGUUCCUGGGCCUCCUCUCAUGCUCCCUCCUCUCCUUCCUCAACCAGUUCUUCGCCUACCGCACGGAGCCUCUCGUGAUCACGCAGAUCACAGUGCAGGUGGCGACGCUUCCCAUCGGGCACCUCAUGGCGGCGCUGCUCCCGACGACGCCGUUCCGAAUCCCGGGAUUUGGGUCGAAGCGCUUGUCCCUGAACCCGGGGCCGUUCAACAUGAAGGAGCACGUGCUGAUAACGAUAUUCGCCAACGCCGGAUGCGCCUUCGGGUCGGGGUCGCCGUACGCGGUGGGGAUCGUCAACAUCGUGAAGGCCUUCUACGGGAGGAAGAUAUCGUUCGUGGCGGCGUGGCUUCUCAUUAUCACCACGCAGGUCUUGGGUUACGGCUGGGCCGGCUUGCUCAGGAACUACGUCGUGGAGCCUGCACAUAUGUGGUGGCCCAGUAGCCUCGUCCAGGUUUCUCUUUUCCGAGCUUUGCAUGAGAAAGACGAGAGGCGAUUUUCGCGGGCAAAGUUUUUCUUCAUCGCACUAGUUUGCAGUUUCACGUGGUACGUGAUCCCUGGAUACUUCUUCUCGACGCUCACUAACAUAUCAUGGGUGUGCUGGGUGUUCUCCAAGUCAGUGACGGCUCAGCAGCUAGGCUCAGGCAUGAAUGGCUUAGGACUCGGGGCGUUCACGCUUGACUGGACUGCUGUUUCAUCGUUCUUGUUCAGUCCUCUUGUCUCGCCCUUCUUUGCCAUUGUCAAUGUUUUCGCGGGCUACGCGUUGAUAGUGUAUGUUGUCAUUCCUAUAGCAUACUGGGGCCUCAAUGUGUACAGUGCUCGUACGUUUCCCAUUUUCUCAUCAGAUUUGUUCACAGCUCAAGGCCAAGAAUACAACAUAUCUGCUAUUGUCAAUGAUAAGUUUGAGAUAGAUGUUGCCAAGUAUCACCAACAGGGUCGAAUUCAUCUCAGUGUGUUUUUCUCUUUCACUUAUGGAUUUGGAUUUGCCACCAUAGCUUCCACCCUCACACAUGUCGCUUGCUUCUAUGGAAGGGAGAUUAUGGAGCGGUAUCGUGCAUCAGCAAAGGGAAAAGAGGAUAUCCACACAAAACUGAUGAAAAAAUACAAAGACAUACCUGCUUGGUGGUUUUAUGUGUUGCUGGGCGUGACGCUUGUGAUUUCUCUCGUGCUAUGCAUCUUUAUGAAUGACCAGAUUCAGAUGCCGUGGUGGGGACUUAUCCUUGCUUCAGUCUUGGCCUAUGUAUUUACACUCCCAAUUAGCAUCAUUACUGCCACCACAAACCAGACACCAGGACUAAAUAUUAUUACCGAGUAUCUCUUUGGUAUCAUUUACCCCGGAAGACCAAUAGCAAAUGUAUGCUUCAAAACCUAUGGUUACAUAAGCAUGGCUCAGGCUGUCUCCUUCCUCGGUGAUUUCAAGCUUGGUCACUACAUGAAGAUCCCUCCAAGGUCAAUGUUUUUAGUUCAGUUCAUUGGUACAAUGCUUGCUGGAACUAUCAACAUUGGUGUAGCAUGGUGGUUGCUGAGCUCAAUCCACAACAUAUGCAAUGCAGAUCUCCUUCCAGAAGGCAGUCCCUGGACAUGUCCAGGUGACCGUGUUUUCUUUGAUGCAUCAGUGAUUUGGGGUCUGGUGGGACCAAAGAGGAUCUUCGGUUCUCAUGGAAACUACCAAGCAAUGAAUUGGUUUUUCCUUGGAGGAUUAAUAGGGCCAAUGCUAAUUUGGAUAUUGCACAAGGCAUUCCCGAAGCAGUCAUGGAUCCCCUUGAUCAAUCUUCCAGUCCUUGUGGGGGCAACUGGAAUGAUGCCACCAGCAACAGCAUUGAACUACAAUGCAUGGAUCACAGUUGGAACGAUUUUCAACUUCUUUGUGUUCCGUUACAGGAAGAAGUGGUGGCAGAGGUACAACUAUGUUCUGUCGGCAGCACUUGAUGCAGGGGUGGCUUUUAUGGCUGUUGUGAUAUACUUCACAUUAGGCCUGGAAAACAAGAGUCUCAAUUGGUGGGGGAAUGAUGGGGAGCAUUGUCCUCUUGCAACUUGCCCUACUGCUAAGGGCAUAGUGGUUGAUGGUUGCCCUGUAUAUUGAUCACUGCUUCUUUUUAAUGGUUUUUUUCAUUACAAUUGCAUUGCAACACUCAUGAACUGAAAUUGAAGAAUGUAUAUACA